AUGAAUCCCGAAUAUGACUAUUUGUUCAAGCUUUUGUUGAUUGGAGAUUCUGGUGUCGGCAAGUCAUGUCUACUUCUGCGGUUUGCUGAUGAUUCAUACUUGGAUAGCUACAUCAGCACAAUUGGAGUUGACUUUAAAAUUCGCACUGUGGAGCAGGAUGGGAAGACUAUCAAACUCCAAAUUUGGGACACUGCUGGCCAAGAACGUUUUAGGACAAUCACUAGCAGCUACUACCGUGGGGCUCAUGGAAUCAUUGUUGUUUAUGAUGUCACAGACCAAGAGAGCUUUAACAAUGUUAAGCAAUGGUUGAAUGAAAUCGACCGAUAUGCAAGUGAAAAUGUGAACAAGCUUCUAGUGGGAAACAAGUGCGAUCUCACGGCAAAUAAAGUUGUGUCCUACGAGACCGCCAAGGCAUUUGCUGAUGAAAUCGGAAUCCCUUUCAUGGAAACCAGUGCUAAGAGUUCCACUAAUGUGGAGCAAGCCUUCAUGGCCAUGGCUGCUGAGAUCAAGAACAGGAUGGCAAGCCAACCGAUGAACAAUGCCAGGCCUCCAACAGUGCAGAUUCGGGGACAGCCUGUCAACCAAAAGUCUGGUUGCUGCUCUUCUUAG